CCCUAUCAUCCACCUCUCUCAGAAUCUCCACCUUCUUGUCCUACAACCACCAAAGCCCAACCUCAAGUCAACGCCAACCCGAACAGCACACACCCCUCCCCUUGUCCUGCCACGCCCCAGAAUCGUCCACGUCCCCCGGCGCGGAUGCGGACACUCUCUCGUUGUCUCUCUCGGUCAAUCUCUCUUUCUUCGUUCAAGACUCUUCAAGAUCUCUUUUUGCGCUGGUCACCUUGAAGCGACACGACACGCUCGACUCGCUCGUCUUCUGCAGCAGUAGCCCUUAUCGUCAUCCUCGCAUCGAUUCCCUCGGAUCCCCGGCCAUCAUCAUCUGUCACCGUACCCCGUCGCUCGUUGCAACGUCCGUCGUCUGAACUUUUUGUCCCUCCAUCGUCCGGCGAUUAUAAGCUCGAUAUAGCUCCCGAGCUUCUGUUGUAAUCAUGUCAAGCUCCUUCGAAAAGUCCGUCAAGGGCGCAACGAAGAUCAAGAAUGCUCCCCCAAAGACGAAAUACAUCGAACACAUUCUCGUAGCUACCCAUUCCGGCGAAGCUGGCGUCGGCGAGGUCUUUCGCGCUCUCACAUACCGUCUCCGCGAUUCAACAUGGACCGUCGUCUUCAAAAGUCUAAUUACUGUUCACCUGAUGAUCAGAGAGGGAUCUCCCGAUGUUACACUCGCCUUCCUUUCGACGCAUCGCAAUGUGCUAGCGAUUAGCAGCUUUACAGAUGGUACGUUCCACGCAUGCCGAACUGAAUCUGGACGUGGGGAUUGACAGAUUGGCAGCACAAAUCCAAGGACGAAACAUUCGACAUUAUGCCCACUACCUGGCUGAGCGAGCUCGCGCAUACGAGAAGACGAAGACGGAUUGGGUGCGCGCUUCUGAGUCAAGACUUGAGAAGCUUUCGGUUGAGAAGGGAUUGUUACGGGAGACGGAAAUCGUUCAACACCAACUUGAGGCUUUACUAAAAUGCGACGUGAUGGAGAAUGAGCCAGAGAAUGAAAUCACUAUAACUGUUUUCCGACUGCUUGUCUUGGAUCUCUUGGCACUAUUUCAGGUUCUCAACCAAGGACUCAUCAGCAUUCUUGGUAACUUUUUCGAAAUGUCAAAGGUGGAUGCCGAACGUGCUAUGGCCAUUUAUCGGAAAUUCACGAAGCAAACAGACUACGUCGUCCAAUAUCUGAGCGUAGCUCGUCAGCACGAACACCACACUCGAGUCGAGGUGCCGAAGCUCAAGCACGCUCCUGUCAAUCUUGGACGCCAGCUGGAGGAGUAUCUUCACGAUCCCGAUUUCGAGGUCCACCGAAGACAAUAUUUGGCCGAGCAGGACGUGAAGAAGAUUGGUGGAGGUUCAAGCUCGAAGCAAGGAGGUCUCAGCAAGAAGAAGAGCACCGAUUUCCCCGAACCAGCGUCCAACAACCCCUUUCCCAAAAUCACCUCGUCUCCGAGCGGUAAUAGGGCAGCAGAGUCAAAACCGCAAGCCAACAAGGGUCCUGAUCCCGAUCUGAUCGACUUCUUCGACUCUAUCGAACAGAACCAGACACCGAUGAGCAUGAACCCUCAGCCUCAACAACAGACUUUCCAACAGCAGCCGACAGGCAUGCCGUUUCAACAAAACGGUUUCGCCGCUCAGCCUACUGGAUUUGCCUCCAACAGUCCAUUCCAACAGCCUCAGCAAACUGGGUUCAUGCAACCGCAGCAACCUCAGAUCCAGCAACCCCAGAUCCAAUUGCAGCCCGACUUCACCGGAGCUGGUUUCGGAGGUUUCACUUCUCAACAAGCCUUUCAACCAAGCUCACUCGCACCAAUCCCUCAGGAUUCAAUGGCCAGCUUUCCCAACGCUGCCCCUCAGAUCCAACAACCCGUUCAGAAUGGAUCGCCUCAGGGGCUUCAACCGAUGCAAACAGGAAGCACCAACCCCUUCCGCCAGUCUAUGCUCAUGGCUCAACAAACGGGUCUUCCAUCAUCUGCUACAACACCUGCUCUAAACCGCCAAUCUACAAACCCAUUCGCUCGAACAUCACCACAGCAAAACACUUCUCCUUUCGCCCAAGCUUCAAACUCGCCUUUUCAAUCACCAUCUCCUCAACAGCCACAGCAACAGCCUGCUCUUCAACCUACACCAACCGGCACAAACCCCUUUGCACGCAACUCCAUGAUGCCAGCGCCAAACCAAGAACAACGUCCACAAACAGCUGGCGCUGCUCUCGCUCCUCAACCGACCGGUACAACCAACCCCUUCCGAAACGGCGCCUUUGUCAACCACAACACAGGUAUGGGAUGGCAAGCUAACCAGCAGCCUAUCGGAGGAGGCCUCGACCAACUCCCAACAGUACCUGUAUUCCCUCGUCCAGCUCAACAGACACCUUGGCAGCAAUAAGAUUAUCGAAGCAGCCGUUCCAAACAAACCCAUCAUAUCUUACAAGCUCAAAUCAAGACAUAAUUCGCAUCGCGUUUUCCACAGCGCCCUUUUGUUUCCAUUUCUUGGCUGUAACAGCCUCCCUUUCCAUAUAGUAAGCGAGGCGUUUUCGGGGGAUGAGAUUCGAAAAGAGGAUUGCAAGGCCACAGGAUGAGCACCCAGGAAGAUACAGUAUGCUUCUGAAAUUGCCCUUCAAUCCUCUCCUGGUGAUUUUCCUUUUGGAUUAGUAUAGUAGCAGUCAUACAAAAAUACAAUUAUCAUCAAUUAUUUAUCUGUAUUCACUGUGUCUGGUAUAUGUUCUCUGUAGCCAUGGUAUCGUGUCGUUUUUACCAUCUUCAAAACUCCAGUUCCGUUAUAUCCCUCAGUGUUUUCCCAAACUCCCAAACUCCAUAGCUAUGCCCGUUUAAACAACGAAAUCAUCUACUAGAACGGAUCAUCGACGUCCAUUCUACCCCCUGUAUCUCCCGUCACAGCCGCUUCUUUCGCGCCCGCCGUAGCAACACUCUUCUCAACCUUCUCCUCAUCCACAAACACACCCAGCCCUGAAAAAGCCUCGAACAAAGCUCGAGUGAGAUACUCAUCAGGACUGUACCCUCCAGCCUUGAACUCGGGCUUCGUCCUUGUGAUCUCGACCCACUCGUUGCUAUACGUCGCCAGUUUCUCCGGCGCAAGGUCCACGCGCUCUGGCAUGACGCGCACGCCGCCGUACGGAUCGUAGGGCUUGUUCUCCACAACGACGGCCUUCUUCUCGCGCAGUCCUCUGAUAGAGAGACCGCUGCUUCCUGCUGCGCCGAGUGCUGCGUCGCGCUUGUUGUGUCCUCGUUUCUUGAGCAUGAUCUUGUCCAUCGCUUCUGUGGCGCGACCCAUCUCGGCGCUUUGAAGAGAGUCGAGCAUUUCUUCACGGAAGCGCUUGGCGUUGGCUUUUUCUUCGAGUUCUUCCUGUCGUUCAAGUAAUCGUCGCUGUCGGGCUUCUUCUUCCUCUGCUGCGAUGCGGCGCUGGCGAGCAUCGUCUGUUUCGCGCGCAAGACGUCUGUUGCGCUCAAUGUCCUGCUUGUGUUUCGCCUCCCACUCGCCAAGUUGCGCCUCAGCCUUCCUCCUCUGUUCGUCGGUGCCAUAAACGAGGUCACACGUCAAACACUCCACCAUCUCCAGGUACUCAUUAUAAUCAUUCAGCGUCUCAAAGUCCUCCUCAACCUUGUUAAACACCGCCGCCACUCGUCUCCGAAUAUCGACUUCACGCUCCACGGCAAGAUCCGCGAAGAAAGCGGUCUUGAAACCGCGAAGACGAAGGGUCUUGUGGCAGCCGGCGUAGGGACAUUGGUUGGGACCGUCUUUAAAGAUUCGCUCGACGCAGGUCUUGCACAUGCGGUGGUAGCACUCUGGAUUAAUGCGGAAUUCCAUGUCCCGGUUGAAGUAGCGUGUUGUCUUGCAUACGGGACAUGUCUCGUCUUGGUCUGGCGGUGGAGGCGCGUUGAGAUCUGUGGCGUGGCGUAUUGAGACGCCUGCGCGAGACAUUUUGGCUGGCGAGAGCACUGAAUGUGGGGUUGAGUGGAGGGUGAGGUUGUUGAGAGAAGGAGACGAAAUGAAUCGCUUUGUUAUGGCGAAGAAGUGAUUAAUAAGU